AUGGGAGCCUUCGCCGACCUCUUCCGCCCCUCGCCGAACCGCAGACAUUCGUCCUCGCCCUCCUCGAAGCAGCCGCGCUCCCUCUCGACGCUCGAUGUCCCCCUUCCUCUCCCUCAGCCCAUGUGGGCACUCGCAACCGAGCCGGGGUGCGGCAGGACGCCAGGGCCGCGGGAUAUGCGGACUGCAGGACCAGAACAGACGGGUUCGCUGCAGGGCAGGACGCUGAAGAAGGCGGACAGACGAGGGCCCACGGCGGAGAGUGGGGUCGUACCUGGUCACAUCGGGCGAGGAGACACCUUUGCUGCGACUGGAGACUUCGGAAUGGCGGGACUGAGCGUAUCCGAUUCGCCUGGACCUUCGACGUAUCCGCCUCGACCGCCGUACCCUCCUUCCACUUCCUACAGCACCCCUCCUCGACCUGCACUUUCGCCAAGCAGAACACGCAACCCACCGUUGUAUCCCCCACCACCUCCUCAGCCCACGGCAGGCCCGUCGCAGGCGCCCCUCGUCCCGCUCAACGUAGCCGUCAACUCGCACCGCUCCAGUCUACCCUUCCACACCCCGCCACGCCAUUCGUCGGCAAAAUUCGCACCUCAGGGUACACGGGUCAGCCCGGAGCGACCUCUCCCUCCAACUCCUCCCCCAUGUCCGCCUCGCCCUCCUUCGUAUCAUGCGUCGCCGCCGCACCCUGUGCACAACUCUCAAUUCGUCUACGCGGCCACCCCAUCCUCUUCGAACGCUUCGCCUACACGUCUACAGUCUCCUCACGCGCCGGUGGUACCGCCUCGGCCGCCUCAACACCCCUAUCAGCAGCCUUCGCCGACUCGACUUGCGGAUCGAACCAACGCCGCUACUCCGCCUCGAGCGUCUCACAAGCCACAUCAGAAAACACCUGAUUGCACCUCCUCACCCGCGAAGUCGAAGGGGAAAGGGAAAGCCAAGCAACCCCUCGUGCUCGACAUCGACUCGAGCUCGGACGACUCGUUCAUCGACGACAGCGCCGCGUACGACGACGAGGGCGUGGAGAACGACUCAUUGCUAGAAGAGCUGCGCGAGUCGGUCUUCCGAGGGAAGAAGUCAAGCGGGAAAGACCCGAUCAAAGCCGUUGCUGCGCGACGCUCACCAAUCUCGACUCCUUCUCCUCGACGGCGACGCGAGUCUGGGACUCCAACUCGCCCUGGACAACAACGACAGUGUAGCGGUAUCACAUCCGCCGGUCGACGAUGUACCCGAUCUUGCUCGCCUUCGUUCGGUACGAGCGGCGCGGUGGGCGAUGAGGGAGCCGACGUCGGAUUUUGUAAGCAACACGCCAAGACUGCGCUGAAGGAAAGUGGGUGUUUCGUUGCGGGUCGAGCGGGAGGAGAUGAGCAGUGGAUCAGGUUCUCCGACUGGAUCUCGGAAUCACUGCCAGUCGAGACGCAGGCGCUCUUGCGGCACUACAUGUCCAAGCCCGUCUCGGACAAGGACGAAGACGGCUACAUCUACAUCCACGAACUCCUCUCCUCUCCUCACUCCGCGACCCUCCCAACCGCACACCUAAAACUCGGUCGCUCAAUCCACCCCCUCCUACGUCUCUCACAACACCGUCGCACAAACACCCUCUGCCCCUUGCUCGGCGAACCAAUCGUGCGAUACAUCUUCCCCUCCGCGCAUGAAUCGGGUGGUGGCGUGAAGUUUGCGCAAAAGGGAGGGCGGAAUUCGCAUAGGUGGGAACGACUGUGUUUGGUUGAACUUGCGGGACGAGCUUUGAGUGCGCGAAAGGAGGAGGGGAAGUGUCGUGAGUGCGGGAAGAGGCAUCUGGAGUGUUUUGAGGUGCAGAGGGGGGCGGUCGCGGCUGGAGGGGCAGGCGAGGGAGAGUGGAACGUGAAGGAGGUUGUGCAGAGGUGGGAGAGGUGGUGUAGCGAUGUUAUUGGCUGA